AUGUCAGACAAUACGAAUAGACCCGUAACGGCUUCGGAUAUUAAAGUUGAUGUUAAUAAAACUGCAGCAGAUGCUAAAAAGACUGCAGCUGAUGGAUUGAAGUUUGGUCAACAGAAGGCGGCCGAUUUAAAACACCAAGCAGAACAAAAAGGCGAUGAAGUGAAGGAGAACGCGAGUGCUGCUACUGAUGCAGCUAAAGAUAAAGCUAAUGAAGUAAAAGAUGCUGCAAAUAAAACAGCCGAUGAAGUUAAACCUAAAGCUAAUGAAGCCGCUCAGGAUGCGAAAGAAACUGGAGCUCAAUUAGCUAAUGAUGCUUCAAAAAAAGUUGAUCAAGCUAAAGCAGCUGGUGCCCAACUUGCUGAUGAUGCAUCAAAGAAAGCUAGUGAAGUAACAGAUGCUGCACAAAAGAAAGCUGGUGAAGUGAAAAAUGCUGCACAAGAAAAAGUUGAUCAAGCUAAAGCUGCCGGUGCUCAAUUGGCAGAUGAUGCAUCGAAAAAAACUGAAGAAGUCAAAGAUACUGCACAGAAGAAGGCUGGUGAAGCAAAGGACGCUGCACAAGAAAAAUUGGAUCAAGCUAAAGCUGCCGGUAACCAACUUGCUGAUGAUGCAUCAAAGAAAGCAGGAGAAGUCAAAGAUGCUGCUCAAAAGACUGUAGAUCAAGCUAAAGCAACCGGUGCUCAACUUGCUGAUGACGCAUCGAAAAAAACUGAAGAAGUCAAAGAUGCUGCACAAAAGAAAGCUGGUGAAGUAAAGGACGCUGCACAAGAAAAACUAGAUCAAGCUAAAGCUGCCGGUAACCAACUUGCCGAUGAUGCAUCAAAAAAGGCAGGAGAAGUCAAAGAUGCUGCUCAAAAGACAGUAGAUCAAGCUAAAGCAACGGGUGCUCAACUUGCUGAUGAUGCAUCAAAGAAAGCAGGUGAAGUAAAAAAUGCUGCACAAGAAAAAUUGGAUCAAGCUAAAGCAGCUGGAGCUCAAUUGGCUGAUGAUGCAUCAAAAAAAGCCAAUGAACUUACACAUGCUGCACAGGAAAAGGCUGGUGAAGCAAAGGAUGCUGCACAAGAAAAACUAGAUCAAGCUAAAGAAGCCGGUGCUCAAUUAGCUAAUGAUGCACAAGAAGCUUCAAAUACAAUUCUUGGAAGUGCUAUUCAUGCUAAAGAUGUUGCAGUUGAAAAAGUUCAAGAACUUGGACAUUCCGUUGUUGAAACUGUACAAAGUAUUCCAGCAGCUGCAGCAAAUGCAGCUGGUAAUGCAGCUAAUUUUGUUGGCGAAAAACUCAGUGCAGCUGGACAAUGGACUGCUGAAAAAGCUAUGGAAGUCGGAUCAGCCACUGUUCAUUCAGCUCAAGAAGCUAUUCAUAGUCUUACGGGAUUAGCGGGUGAAGCUAAAGAGAAAGCCGAAGAAACGGCUGAUAAAGCUGCAGAAAAAGGAGCUGAAUUGAAAGAACAAGCAUCGGAGAAAGUUGAUGAAGCAAAAGAUAAAGCAAAUGACUUAGCAAAUGAUGCUAAAAAGAAGGGCGAAGAAGUUAAACAAGAUGUUCAACAAAAAGCUGAUGAAGUAAAAGCUAAAGGUGAGGUACAUACAUCAACAACAGGUACUGCACAUAACGUAUCUGCAUCACAUGAUUCCAAUGCACCUCAUGGAGAUUCAUCCGCAGCAAAAAUUGAAGUUAAAACAACAGGCACAGGCAAACCUCCGCUUGUUUAA